ACGCGCCGAGCUUGGUGUGCGGAGGCGGUGCAGAACAGAGCAGCUGGUCAGAGGCUGGCGAUGAAGAGGGCGUCAAUUCUCGCGCCGUUUCUAAGGUACCAUCUGGAAAAUACAUCAGUGGAAAAUAUAUCAGUAACAAAGUUGUAACAGACCAUUUUUGUCUUCUAUGCCAAUGAUACCUGAAACUUACAGCCAUGUUUUGGCAGAAUUUGAGUGCCUCAAUCCAUUGCUUUCUGCCCUCAGGUUGGAUUCCAGUCGCCUGAAGUGCACAUCUCUUGCCGUAUCUCGAAAAUGGUUGGCUCUGGGUAGUUCAGGUGGAGGUCUGAACCUUAUACAAAAAGACAACUGGAAACAGAGGCUGUUUCUCACUCAUAAGGAAGGUGCCAUUUCCCGUGUUGCCUUUUGUUUACAUGAUGAAGACUAUGUUGCUGUUGCUACAAGUCAAGGCCUUGUUGUUGUCUGGGAACUGAAUCAUGAACGUCGUGGAAAGCCUGAAAGAAUUUACGUUUCAUCAGAGCACAAAGGCAGAAAAGUAACAGCUCUUUCUUGGGAUACAAAUACACUGCGUGUUUUUGUUGGUGAUCAUGUAGGGAAAGUGUCUGCUAUCAAGAUUAAUACAUCCAAACAAGGAAAGGCCACAACUUCAUUUGUUAUGUUUCCAGUUCAGAUUAUAGCCACUGUUGAUUCUCGUGUGGUUCAGCUUGAUUAUUUGGAUGGAAGACUGCUUAUCUCUUCUCUGACUCGUUCUUACUUAUGUGAUACAGAGAGGGAGAAGUUUUGGAAAAUUGGAAACAAGGAGCGAGAUGGGGAAUAUGGAGCUUGUUUUUUCCCAGCAGGAAAAAGUUGUGGAAGCCAGCAGCCUUUAAUAUAUUGUGCACGACCUGGUUCACGGAUGUGGGAGGUGAACUUUGAUGGAGAGGUGUUAAGUACACAUCAAUUCAAAUCCCUCCUAUCAUCACCACCUCUCCCUGUUAUUAGUCUAAGGACAGAUCCAGAGUACAAUACUGCCUGUUGUUCCUCUCAGUCUUUGGCUUUUCCCAGGCUGCUUUAUUUGAGUGACCAUUGUGUGAUGACAUGGACAGACAGAGGCAUUUAUAUCUUCCUUCCCCAAAAUGUCCAAGUUUUGCUCUGGAGUGAAAUGAAAGACAUUCAGGAUAUUGCAGUAUACAAAAAUGAGCUCUUCUGUUUGCACUCCAGUGGAAAAGUUUCUCAUCUCUCCCUUUUGACGGUGGAAAGAUGUGUGGAUCGUCUGCUUAGAAGAAGCCUCUGGGGUCUUGCAGCCAAAAUCUGCUGCCUCUUUCAGAAUUCUGUUGUUUUGUGUCGGGCAAGAAAAACUCUUCCAGUAGAUAAGCUGGAACAUCUGAAAUCACAGUUGGACCUCUCAACACAAAGCAAUAUCACCGGUCAACUUGAAGAACUGAUUUCAAAGCUUGAACCUUUAGAUUCUGCAUGCAGUAGCAGGAGGAGCAGUAUUUCUUCACAUGAAAGUUUCAAUAUACUGGAUUCUGGAAUUUAUCGUGUUAUUAGUCGAAGAGGCAGUCAAUCUGAUGAGGAUGCUUCCUCAUUACAUAGCCAAAAUCUAUCAGAAGACGAAAAAACAAAGGAAUUUCCUUCACAUCUGGAUGAAGAACAGCUGGAACUUGACAGUGUAUCUCAUGCUUCUGUGGUGGUCGACACUGAUCGAAAUGAGACUUUUCUUCCAUUCAGUAUUCCAUUGUCAUUCCGUUCCCCAUCUCCUCUCGUCUCUCUUCAAGCUGUUAAGGACAGUGUUUCAAGUUUUGUACGUAAGACCACAGAGAAGAUAGAAAAGAUUGGUACCCUUCAUGUGAAUCCUGAUAGAGUCAGACAGGACAAUAAUGAUGAAGAGCAACUGUCAGAGGUGACUGCCAAUGUAAUAACACAUUCUCAAGAAGAAAAGGUGGAGCUACAGAGCCAACCUCAAGAAGAGAAUUAUCUAAAAGAUCUCAAGAUAGCGACUAAAGAUACUCUAACCAGACUCCAGGAUCCACUAGUUUUAUUAGAACCACAGUGUUUAAGGGUGGUUUUGCUUAACUGGAUUCCAUUUCUGGAAGAUGCAUUUGGAGUCAAAGUGCCUUCCAUUUCAGACGAUAGCUCAUUCAAGACUGAUGGAGAUUUGCCUUUGCACCCUGAAGUAUGGCAAGUUUUUGAAGAAAAUAUGGGAACAGAUAGUGAUCACACAGAAGAGGAACAGAGACCAGUCUCAAGAACCAACAAUGAAAAUGAUGCUGUAAAUAACAAACAGGGAGGCACUUUGGAUGGAAAUACCAGGGAAGGGUUAAGCAAUGACAAUACUGUUGAUAGAAUGCUUUACAAAAAACCCAAUAGACGAGAGGGGAGCUUCAGCCAGUCCUUCCAGACUGUGUCUCCAUGUUUCAUAGAACAAGACAUGAAAAAGGAUCUGGUAGAGCUGACAACUUUAUGUUUUGAAUUAAAGGUAUACGAGCAUUUACAAUUAAAUAACGAACAAUGUAUUCAGCCAGAUGCUUCCUGUGCUUUGACUUGUCAAUUUAUAAAGGACUACUUUUUCCUUCUGGAUUUGGAAAGACUGAAGCACUGUAUUAUCAUCUCUCACAGCAGUCAUCCCCAAAUUUGGGAAACUUAUAUAGAAGGACUGAAAGAAUUAACUCUGAAGAGCGCAGUCACUUUGGCACUAGAAAAUGGAGAUAUGUUUAAAACCCUGAAAUUGUUGGUUGAUCUGGGCCCCUGGGAUGCUCCUGUAUUAUUGGCACAUGCCCAAAGGCUUUAUGAAAAAUUUGGAGAAACUUCUCUAAGGCCUCUGAUCAAGUUUUAUCCAUCCAUUUUGCCAUCAGAUAUCAAGCAAAUUUGUAAAAGCAAUCCUGAACAUUUUUUGGCAUUUUUAGACAGUUUAAUCAAAUCAAAGGCUGAAGAUGAACGGUUGUCUUUCAUGAGAUCUCUUCUCUAUCCUGAAUCCUUACGAUUGGAUUGGCUAUGUUUGGCAGUUUCUCAUGAUUCACCAAAUACAGCAAGUACCAGGGAUGCACAAGGAUAUCCAAGGCCACGGUCACAUUUAUUUACUUGGGGAUAUAGCCAACUGAUUUUACUAUUGCUUAAACUCCCAGCUGACAUUAUAACAAAAGAGAAGAUGGCUGAAAUCUGCAAAUAUUAUGGGUUCUGGCCUGGAUACCUUUCUCUCUGUUUGGAUCUUGAUAGAAGAGCUGAAACCCUGACUAAUAUUGUUUAUUUAGAUGACAUGAACUUGUUGGAUGGAGAACAUGGGGCAGUUCCAGAGACAGUGGAAGAAUGGAGGUUUCUCCUCAAUCUUGUAAAGAGUCAUCACAGCAGUGUCCUCCAUUCUUCUAUGCAGAACGGCAGUGCUGUUAGUAAUGGUGCUCCGAAUUGGUCAAAUUGUGUUACUGUUGAGAAUGUGGCUGUUCUGUUGGCUAAAAUAAUUGGCCCAGAUCGUGCAGUGCUACUGUUGCAGGAAUGUGGCCUAAUGACCGAGUUAUCUGAAAAAUUUGCCAAAGUCUGUGAGAUACUAAGAAUUGCUGAAAAAAGGCAAAGAGCCCUGAUUCAGUCCAUGCUGGAAAAAUGUGAUAGAUUUUUGUGGUCUCAACAAGCAUAACAAAUAGUUAUGAAAGAUAACAAUGGUUAUAAGGCACAUAUAUUGCAAGAACUUGUAUCAGUUUCCAGAAAAGUCUUCCUCUCUAGAAAACAGUGUAUUAAUCUAUUUGCACAAACAUUGGAAAUGAAGCUUUUUAAAAUAUCAGUUUUCAAGUCUUGGUAUAUUGGAUUUCUAUAACUGAAUGUGUUUUGCCAGUUGCUUACUUAAAAGUGCCGAACUAUAUUUCUGUGAGCACCUUAGAAGUAUUUGUAUAUGUUAAGAGUUGCAUUAUCAGUGUUAACUUUACAUAAGAAAAUGGGAUUCUUUGUGAACAACCUCUACCCAUAUAAUCAAUGUAAAUUUAUUUUAGCAAUAUCAAAAGCAUGAUAGAUUCUGUACAGUUACUAGCAGAUUACCAUUCAAUUUGUAAGAAGGUGCACAUAAAUGAAUGUAUGUAAAAGCAUAGAUUUUACAUGUAUAAUUAGAAGAUGGGCAGUAUCCUUUAUGAGUUAUAUCAAAAACUCUUGUAAGGUAGCUACUAAAAGGAUGUGAUAACAGUACCAAAUAUAACACCUUCCAAAUGUAUAUAAAAGCAGCAGUGCUAGAGCCGAGAUGCUGUUAGCUAAAUAUUACUGACAAUUGACGUUGGUAACCUUUUAAUGCAGCAUUUUAGCAAUGGCAGGAGUUAAUGUAAAAUUAUGUAUAUUAAUGCAGUUUGUUCUCUUACUAAAAAGCACCCUAAAACUUUAAGAAAAACCGUACAAUAGUUUUGCACUGUUUUCUUUUUUACAAUUUUGUAUAAUGAAGUUUGAUUCCAUUCAUGUUUAUGUGGCAGUAAAUCCUACUGUGUUCAAAAGGUCUCAAUCCAAGUAAGUGUGUAAUUGUGUUGUUACAUGCCACAACUGGAACAGUUGACAUACUUUGUUUUACUUAACACUUGGAGAAUCUUCACUAUUAAAGUUUUAUUUGACUUAGAAGCAUUCAUAUUUUAAAAUUCACUGAACUGAAUACUUCUGUUGACAUUAUCUGGUCUUUGACAAAAAGAGAAUACUAUGCAAAUCAUUUCGAGUCAUGUUAAAUAUUUAAUUUAUAGAAAUCAUAUUUUUAAUAAUGGCUUAGUUCUAAAGUAAUUCAAGGAUGCUUUUACUUGUGCAAGGGCGCUUUCAUUAUGCCUUCUGGCAACAGCCCCUGGUGUCCUCUAAAAGUGGGGGAGACCCUGAGUAACAGCUUUUCAACAGGUGUGAGAGGCUGCAGCUGUCAGAAGGGAAAGGGGAAUCAUCACUCACACACACUCCAGUGUGUGGAAUACCUCACAUCUCUGUAUAACUUUGAAGAGCAGCCUUAGGUUGAAACUGAUAUAAAUUAUACUUAUUGGAUAAAUUAAUACAUUGGAUAGAGUUAUGAAGUUUGAACUCCUUUUUGAAGGGCUUCUAGAAUUAAACUGUAAUUUCCAAUGUGUUUUUGACCCAACCUAACACUGCAUACUUGAAUCUUAAAGCUGAAGUCUGAAAUAGCACAAAUGCAUAACUUCAGGCUUUCAAUACAAUCUUUUAGAACAUAAUUUCAUACUAGUUGUUGUUAGUCCUUGUCUCAAAACUUUAAUAAAGUACAAAGCUUUACGUAAAUUAUCUUUUUUGUGCCUUCUUUUUCUAGAUCACAAUCCAAAGAGUCUUGUUAGGUGUGGGCAAUGGCUUAUUUGUGCACACUAGAAUUUUCCUCUUUUUUGCAGCAGUGGCUUCAUACACUUUUGUGGUUUCAUCAGGUUUCAGGACCUGCUUCAUUGGUAUCAUGGGGGAGGAGGGGGCAGCUUCCAGAAACAGGGGCGAAGAAGUCCUGCUGUGAACAAGGAACUCGAUGCACAGACUUUUGAAUGGGGUAUCAGCAUGUAAAUUACUAUACACAUAGUUUAAAUACUGAUACAAAUGCACAAAAUAAAUUUGAGAUUUUCGUAAAACUCUGUAUUAUGUGCUAUCUCAAAAGGAAGUGAUAUAGAACAACUAAAAUAUAUAUGCAUAACCAAUUUUUGUACUUUGCUACUUACUGUUUAUAUUUUUGAAAAUCCAUCACUUUUAAGCAUACCGUAUGAUUUUGUUAUUUAAAACAUUGCUUGUACUCAAACAACCAUGUUUAUGAUUUUUGCUUACUUGGAGUUUAUUAAAGUUAAUAUCUCUAAUAAUCA